CGUGAGCAAGGACCGCCAGCACCUCGCAGUUAGCUUCUCCUUGGAGCCAGCAAAUCCAGUUGUGCUGCAGGAUUACGGUCGAGUAACUGGGGGCUUUGAGGGGAGGAAAAAAAGAGGAGGUGCUCUGGUGAGCUGGUGGGCUUCCUCUGCCUUACAGACACAUUUUAUUGACUUGCUAAUUGGAUGAGGCACUCGGAGGAGAGGAUGCGGUGACCGAGAGGAGCUGUUCUCUGGAGGACCGAUCCAGACACAAGGAAGGAUUUCAGAAUUUCUUCCAUUUUUGGGGUACAUAACAACAAAAAGGGUUUUCCCCCAGCAGCCGUCAUGCUGCUCCCUUUCACCUAUUUCUAUUUCCCUCUUGGAUCAAUCAUCUUUUCCUCGUCAACGCCAUCUGAUGUCCUGUUUGAUACUAAUUGAUCGCCAAAGGAAUCCUUCAUUUUUUGCAUAAGGACCCGUCUCACUGAUGUGCGACAGAAUGACGUUCACUCCUGCUCCCAUGACUGAGGUUUGCAUGCGGGGCCUGGUCGGAGAAAAGGUGCCACUGUGCUGAGGUGUUCUGUCCCAAUGAGCCAAGCAGACAACCCACAGCGACGAACCACCUACCUCAUCUCCCUCACUCUGGUGAAGGUUGAGGCUUUGCCAGAGGAUGUAGCCGGGAACCAAGCGGAGCAGGAGGGGGAAGGGAGCCCAAAGGAGAGGGAGGAGGUGAGACAUGCCUCCAAAGAGGGGGAAGGAUGUGUUGGCCCACAAGUGUCGGACAAAGCAAACACACAAGUGGAAGAACAAGGGGAGCAGGUGCGUGUCAAGUAUGACAGCCCGAUUGGGAAAUGGGGGAAAGCUGAGAGGAGAGACCAAAAAGACCUUGUCCCAGUCGCUAAAAGCAAGGAGACUUCUGUUGUCCACCCCCCGUUGAGGCAAAUGGUGAAGGUGUACAGCGGAAGCAGCUUUGAGGCCACCGUACGCAGAGAGGGGCCUCGCAACGACGCCUCGCGGCCCAAGACGGAGCUCUACCGAGAGCCUCCUAGGCUCUUCCUAAAGGGGGAAAACGGAGCUGAGCUCAACAACCGCUCGCGUUGCAGCCUCCCGUUUUCGGUGCCGCCUCAGGUCAGCCAGCGCCCCGAAGUCCUGAUGAGGUCGCAUACGGGGGCCAACUCCGCAUGCUGGAGGGAAGCCAGAGAAGCCAACACCAGCUUGUAUCACUCUGCUAAGACUUUGGAGCGGAGGGAAAACCGUAUCGGGGAGCAGUCCCCCUUAAUGGCAACUACAACUCUGGGGCCUUAUAGGGCGUCUUGGGCCGACAGCGACGGCAGAGGAACGCUCAUUCGUCCUACAGCUCCGCUCAGUGGAGGCUAUUCUGGAAUAAUGAACAGGGAGAACUCUCACGAGGACAGAUUUAAGGUUUCCUUGGGUACACCUGUUCCCUGUGACGGGAACAGACCUCAAAGAAAAGCCACCAGUCGCACCCUAGAUAACAGUGACCUGCAUUGCCUAUCUGAGGACAGCAGGAGAGGGAAAGAGGGCCAAGGAGGAACAAUCCAGAGAGCCCCCGCCCGUGACCGCAAGAUGCUCAAGUUCAUUAGUGGGAUUUUCUCCAAAAGUGCAGCUGUGCCCCCAAAUGUCAGCACUGCGUCCGUUCUCUAUCCCGCUGUGGAGAGGGGCUCCAGCGAGGAGGAGGCGACAUGCACCAGCAGUCAGGAAUGGACCAUCACUCAAACUGUACAAGAACUUCACCUAGCUGUGCUGGGAGGGCUAUGCAGUGGGAAGUCUGCACUGGUCCAUAGACACUUGACAGGAAGUUACCUGUCGCUGGAGAAUGCUGAGGGGCGUCAGUACAUUAAGGAUGUCUUGAUUGAUGGACAGAGCCACUUCUUGAUCAUCAGAGAAGAAACUGAACUCCCAGGAGCCCAGUUUGCAAGCUGGCUAGACGCAGUUAUCCUGGUCUUCAGUUUGGAAAACGAGGCCAGUUUCCAGGAAGUGUACAAGAUCUACCACCAGCUUGCUGUGCACCUGCCUGUCACCGAGAUACCUUUCGUAGUCGUGGGCACACAGGAUAAGAUCAGCAACAGCAACCCCAGGGUCAUCGAUGACGCUCGGGCCAGGCAGCUCUGCUCGGAUGUGCGCCGUUGCACCUACUACGAAACAUGCGCCACGUACGGACUCAACGUUAACAGGGUUUUUACUGAUGCGGCUCAGAAGAUCAUGGCGGCCAAGAAGCAAGCCGCUUUACUGGCUUGCUGUAAAUCUCUUCCCAACUCUCCUAGUCACUCUGGAGGCUCCACCCCAGUCUCUGGUGUCUUUACAGGACAGGCCAGUAAUGGGGGUCAGAGUAGCGAUUACUCCUCAUCACUUCCCUCCACCCCCGUGAUUAGCCAUAAAGAGAUUGGCAGGUCGGCAAGAGGGGAGAAACAGGACAGUGGCACUCCUGGCUCAGUCCGCAGUGCCACCCGCAGACGCACCGCACGCUUUUCGGGUCGAAGAGGCAGCGACUCAGCCAGGGGAAGUGCAGACUGCAAAGGAGAUGUGGGAAGUGGGCGCUUCAUUCCCAUCAAGCAGGUAAGACAAAGAUGCAGAAUACAAAUUUCUAGUCCAUCCAAUGAACAUCAGCAGAGGACAUCACACCAGGACUACUUUCAAAUGACACGUAAGUCGGUGUCAUUGUGUGAAUGCCAUCCCCCAUAUUGGCUAGACAAAUACAUUGUGGGUGUUUUUGUCCGCCACCUGCCAUCAAGCUAUCAAGAUAUUAACUGUGCAUUUUCACUUAUUUUUUUCUGUGACCUCUACCAGGGUUUUUUGCUCAAGCGCAGCGGGAACACACUCAACAAAGAGUGGAAGAAGAAAUACGUCACACUCUCCAGUGAUGGCAUACUGUCAUACCACUCCAAUGUUAAUGACUACAUGCUGAAUACCCCCGGGAAAGAAAUGGACCUGUUGCGAGUGACUGUGAAGGUGCCAGGCAAACGCCCCCCACGUGCUGUACCUACUGGCGGCCCUCCAGUCGGGCUCAACGGGAGGGUCAAAGAUGGGCAGGGACCAGAGGGUGUCAGCCUGGUUCCUGUCAGUGCCAGCAGCCUCCUGCAAGUGGACGACAUGGAGGGUCUGGGAGGCGGUCUCUUCCUGAGGAGUAACAGAGGCGUGCAGCGAUGUUCCUCCAACGUCUCCAACCACGCUCAAAGUGUCGACUGUGCAGUUGAGGGCGUGUCCAGCUCCUCGUCCACCAAAGACGUUGGCUCCACGUCCCCGGUGGAGGACAGGAAGAAGCAUCGCAGAAAGAAGAGCAUGAACCAGAAAGGGGACGCCACCAUUGGCCAAGCAGACGCCAAGCGCAAAAUGUGGAAACUUAAAAGCUUUGGGAGCUUAAGAAACGUGAGCAAAACAGAUGAAGAAAACACUGACUUCCUCAUUGUGUCGAGUUCUGGCCAGACGUGGCAUUUUGAAGCCCAGAGUGUGGAGGAGAGAGACUCCUGGGUGCAGGUCAUCGAGAGCCAGAUCCUGGCCAGUCUGCAGCUGUGUGAGAGUAGUAAGAACAAGGCUCGCAAGAACAGCCAGAGCGACGCCGUGGUUCUGCAGGCUAUUCGCAAUGCAAAAGGGAACAACUUCUGCGUCGACUGCGAUGCUCCCAAUCCAACGUGGGCCAGUUUGAACCUUGGCGCCCUCAUAUGCAUCGAGUGUUCAGGGAUCCACAGGAACUUGGGGACUCACGUUUCACGCGUUCGCUCUCUGGAUCUGGACGAUCUGCCACGAGAGCUCACACUGGUUCUCAGUGCCAUUGGCAACCAUAUGGUUAACUGUAUAUGGGAGGCUCGCACCAUGGGCCACCGUAAACCCCCGCCUGAUGCUACUCGAGAGGAACGAGAGUCAUGGAUUCGGGCCAAAUAUGAGCAGAAACUCUUUGUGGCGCCAUUGCCUCCUCCCACUCCCAAUGAGGGUCCAGACAUCACACUGUCCGGUCGUCUUCUUCUGGCGGCGAUGGAGCACAACCUCCCCAAACUGCUGCUCUUCUUGGCCCACUGCACUAAGGAGGACAUCAACGGCCCCGCCAGCAUGGCGCUCUCCUCCCGGUCCCUCCUGGCACUGCGGCUGCCCGGUUCAGCCCUUCAUGCUGCCUGUCAGCAGGCCGACGUGGUGAUGACACAGCUUCUUGUUUGGUAUGGAUGUGACGUUCGGUACAGGGAUGCUCAGGGGCAAACAGCACUGACCCUGGCUCGCAUGGCGGGCAGCCAGGAGUGCGCCGACAUCCUGCUGCAGUACGGAUGUCCCAAUGAAGCCGCCCCUUCAUUUGCCACAACUGCCGGAUUCGCAUCCGCAGUCAACCCAUCCAUCCCCGUUGCCAUGACUCCGAACAUGCCGGUCGCCACGACCCUCAAGAUCUCGCACAGGGGUGGCGGCGCGAGCUUCAGCUACAGUACGUCAAGAAAAGCUGUGUCAUAAGACUGGAGGGAAUUUUUUUUUAAAGGAUUGUUGUCAGAUUGAGGCCUGCACAUUCAGAAUGAAGGAGCAUGUGGCCAGAUGUUGCACUAGUCCUGUGCCACAAGCGCUAUUACGCUGGUGAGAAAGAGAGAAAGAGAGAGAGAGAGAGAGAGAGAGAGAGAGAGAGAGAGUCCAACUGGCAAACUGGCACAUGCAACAAAAGUCAAGAAAGUUUGUUGGAGGGGGAAUCUAAAGUCCAAAUGUAAAGAACUGCAAUAAGCUAAUAAAUUGGUCUGUAUGUAUCAGUUUGAAAUGCCAUCACUUUACUGGUAUUUUCAAGAGAGUGUUUAUAUUGUGUUGGAUUCAAUGCAGCCAAACAGACAGACAGUUCAUUUUAAAGUUGCGCUACAAAGGCUGCUUUUGUUUUGAACAAAAUCUAGAGAUAUGAUGAUAGAAUUCUAUAAAUCUAAAAAAAAAAAAAGAAAAAAAAAAGUUCAGAGUUCUUAAUUUCCAGAAUUGUUAUUGUACUUUUUGUACAGGUGGUUCUGAGUACAAAAGUGGCUGGAGAAGAGAUUUGAAGUUUCUUGCUUUGGUGUUCCUUUGAUAAUUAAAUCUUGAAAGCUCAAGACUAAAAUUUAUAUGUAAUGUUUGUAUCACUGUGCGCGACAUAAACACCGUACAUGAUUUGUGCAUUGUAGAUCUCUUGAAAGUGAAUGACUCCAAGCUGCAGGCCACCGUGGUGAUGUGCAUAUGAGCAAAGAAAAUGCCUUCAUUUCAACUGAAUGUAUUUAAAACCAUCACGUCAUCAGGAAGAGGUGCAGCCUUAAUGGAUGUUACCUGACUCUCCUCCUAUGACUAAUAGAGAUUAAAACUAUUGUUAAAUAGAUUGUUUUCACAUGUACGUAUAUAUACAAGUGAGCAUUGGAAUGAAUGUUUGCAAGUGGCUGAUAAUCAGUGUGAGGAAAAGAGGAAUUUUGCCCACAUGGAGAUUUAAAGAGUAGCAUAAAAAGAAGUCACCCAUCCGUACUCGAUGUAAUUUUGUGUUCAUCUAAUGAAUGUUGCAGAGUAUACAUGUCUGUGCUGUAAAGAGUCUCUAUUCAUUUGUAUUUUUUUAAUUCAUGCAAUGAUUCAUAAAGCAUUCAU